AUGAAAGACGUUUCAAUCUUGAAGCUUGAAAAUCUUCGAUCACAUCCUGAUGCCCAACUUCGAGUUAUGGAGACAGAUGAUGCAUAUCACCUGCGUCUCUCAUGCCAUUGUGCUACAAAAAUUGGUAUUCCUGAUCACCUCUUCAAAGAAGCCAUCUUUUGGCUAACAGCGCUUUGUGGCGGAAAAUUCAUCAAGUUGGAAGAGUCUCAUUGGAAAGAUCCUCAUUUCAAGGCGACUUCUCAUCUCUUCUGCGAGAAAGACCCAAACCAGGUGUUGAACAUUUUGGCCCUCGUCUCUCAACGAAAAAAAGCCAUGAUGAUAAAUUCCGAUCCACGUGCCAUCCCGUACAAACUUGGAAGCAAUAUGCUUUGGAAAGUGAUGCUCAAAAUGAUUUUCAGCGGGCCAGACAUUUGCCUCGUACAUGCCUUCCAAGAAUUCAUUGUUUCUCCAGAAGAUUGGGCGGAGAUGAACGAAAUUCAACAUGGUAAAUACCAAGAUAUUUUCUACGAAAAGAAGAAAGCCAAGAAAGCAGCAGGUCUUCCGACUUCAGUGAAAGAAGCCCUCCAGAAGGCAAACAACAAAAAAGCGCAGUCUGUCGAUUCGCAAGAACCCAACGUUACCAACAAACCAUCAAAGAAUAAGAAGAACAAGAAAAACAAGAAGAAGCCGAAUCGAGGAAAAGCUCCCAACAACAUCCGCAAGACGAAGAAACCAACCAAACUUUGA